AUGAAGUCGACUAUCGCAGCCCUGCUACUAACUUCAUCCCUUCAUUUCACCGCUGCGUUUAGCACGUCUCAGUUCCUACUGAGAAAUGUGAACUCAGCCCCAAAGCAGUGUCCUGUUGAUGUCGAGCUAAGUUGCCAUAAUACCCGCCCGGUGGAGGAUACUUGCUGCUUCAACGCGCCUGGUGGAUUGAUCCUUCUUACUCAGUUUUGGGAUGCGCAACCGGCGACGGGGCCGGAGGAUUCGUGGACUCUUCACGGAUUAUGGCCUGACAAUUGCGACGGAUCUUUCGAGCAGUACUGUGACAAGAACAGAGAAUAUAAAAACGUUACAGAUAUAUUACAAUCUCAUGGCAAGGAGCAUUUACUUGAAUACAUGAGUACUUAUUGGAAAGAUUGGAAAGGCAAUGACGAAAAUCUCUGGGAGCACGAGUGGAACAAGCAUGGUACUUGCAUCAGCACACUGGAGACCCGCUGUUACUCGGGGUAUAAACCUCAGGCAGAAGUGGUUGACUACUUCGAAAAAGCAGCCGAGAUGUUUGAGGGAUUGGAUACUUAUAAGGUUUUAGCUGCGGCCGGAAUUGAGCCACACCCGACAAAGACGUAUACGUUGACAGAGCUCCAGGAUGCAAUCUCAAAAAGUCAUGGCAUGGAAGUCACUCUGAACUGUAGAGACUCACGUUUGAAUGAAGUCUGGUACUUUUUCAAUGUAAAGGGCAGCCUACAGUCAGGGACAUACGUACCAACUAAACCAGGUGGUGCCUCAUCAACGUGCCCGGAAAGCGGUAUCAAGUAUCUUCCCAAGGGUGGAUCCAGCCCGACAUCAUCUACACGCUCAGGUGAACCUACGUCCACCGGAAGCUCCCCUUCGCCGACUGGAACUGGAGGCGCCUUUCAGGGAAAGGGUCAUCUUGAAGUGACUUCGGGUAACAAAAGGACCGGCUGCCUUAUCAGUUAUGGUACUUGGUAUAGCACAGGCACCUGCGCAACAUUUACGGCUACCCGUUCUGGAGAUGGUUUCACCUUGCGUUCCAGUAAAGGUGAUUGUGGCAUUAGGAAUUCGGUUUUUGAGUGCGAUACGGAUGUGGAACCCAGCGUAUUCACGGCCGACGACGAGAAGCUUGCGUUUGGUGGCAGCUCAACUUUUUCUGCAGAUGAGACCCCACGAGGGACAACGCAAGUUCCUAUUUAUACCGGUGGCCGCUCGAUUGAAUUGACGAUAGGCUGGAAGAGAAUCUGA